AUGAGUGAGUUUCCAUUAUAUGGUCGCAAUAUCCCAUAUAUUACCACUUUCCUCAUCUUUGUCGUGCUGUGUGUUCCCACCGCGUUGGUAGACAACUAUGUCGGGCUUAUGGUCCUUCGACUUCUCCAGGGCCUUUUCGGGAGCCCCUGCCUGGCAAAUGGUGGUGCCUCAAUGGCAGAUAUGUACUCGGACGUUUACCUACCCCUAGGACUGACUAGCUGGGUUGCUGCGGCAUAUGGUGGGCCAGCUCUUGGUCCGAUUUUGUCGGUCUUUUCAAUUGCCGCAAAGGGGUGGCGCUGGGCGAUGUGGGAAAUUCUUUGGUUUAGUGCACCCAUUCUUGUCCUUAUGGCCGUCUGUCUUCCAGAGACAUCGGCCGACAAUAUCCUCCUCCGCCGUGCACGGCGACUACGCAGAGUUACUGGAAACUCGAAUCUUUCAUCACAGUCUGAGAUUGCGCAGAAGAGUCAAACAUUUUACAAGCUGCUCAUUGAUUGCCUGAUCAAACCUGUCGAGAUAAUGACCAAAGACCCAGCCAUCCUGUUCGCUAAUGUCUAUACGUCACUGGUUUAUGGGAUCUAUUACUCCUUCUUUGAGGCGUUUCCAUUGGUCUAUCCAGUAAAAUAUGGAAUUGACGCCCAGCUUGCUGCUCUAAUCUUUUUAUCAAUUGUUAUUGGUUGUGUGCUUGCAAUCGCCGUGUAUAUUGUUUAUCUAUAUACCCACCUCAUGCCCGAUCUAAAAGCCAACGGCCAACGUGCACACGAGCACCGUCUGGCUCCUGCUCUGAUCGCUUCUUUUGGGCCACCGGUCGGACUUCUCAUUUUCGCCUGGACUGCCAACGGAAAUAUUCACUGGGCUGUGAGCGCCUUCGGUAUUGUCCUAUACGCAGGAUCUAUCUUCGUUGUGUUACAAUGCGUGUUUGUCUAUCUACCACUUGCGUACCCGAAGUAUGCAGCUUCACUAUUCGCCGGAAAUGACCUAUCACGAUCUGGUGUCGCGUUUGCGUUCAUCCUUUUCUCCCGAUUCAUGUUCAUCGACCUUGGUGUUGACAAAGGGGUGACUCUGUUAGCUGGAUUAAGCAUCCUAGGGAUUAUUGGCAUGUUUGUUCUCUACUUCUACGGUGCAAAUCUCCGUGCUAGAUCUAGCUUUGCAGAGCAUGGCUGA